CCUCUCCAUCUGACCUAGCUGAGAAUGUUAUAUAACUAGGACUGGAACAAGAGAAAAGAUCAGGAGCAUGGCGGCCUGAUCCCAUUAGAGGUUUUAUUUCAUGAGCUUUCUUUAGUCUCGUUCCAAGACCUAAGAGGGUUAUAGCGUCCUAAAGUUUGCUCUCUGCCUGCACCAUCACGCAUGUGGGGCCAUUCGCGCAUCUUGGAUCUUCCUGGCCCCACCGCCAUGGAGUUCUUUAGGAUUUUCCCCUAAAAAAAAAAAAAAAAUCGAACCCCAGCGGCUAGAUUUGGAGCUAGACUGUUUGGAGCCCGCUAAAAUCUUCAAUCUUGAUCGCCACACUUUCGGACACUCUUCUCCUUUUGGGUUGGAUGAUGGGCAAUCACGGCUCCAACCUGGAGGACAUCCUCGCCGAGGACAUGCACCACUGGUACAACAAGUUCAUGCGAGAUUCGCCGUCGGGUCUCAUCACAUUGUUCGAACUGAAGACCAUCCUGGGACUGAAGGGUAUGACCGAGAACGCCAACGGCUACGUGGACCAGGUUUUCUUCACCUUUGACAUGGAUGGGGAUGGUUAUAUCAACUUUGUGGAAUACAUCGCUGCCAUCAGUUUGAUGCUGAAGGGGGAAAUCAACCAGAAGCUGAAGUGGUACUUCAAACUCUUUGACCAGGAUGGAAACGGAAAAAUUGACAAGGAAGAGUUGGAGACUAUCUUCUCGGCCAUCCAGGAUAUCACGCGAAACAGAGACAUUGACCCCGAAGAGAUCGUCACACUCAUAUUCGAGAGAAUCGACGUGAAGGGGGAAGGUGAGUUGACCCUGGAGGAGUUCAUCGAAGGUGCCAAAGACCACCAAGACAUUAUGGACAUGCUGAAGAACUUGAUGGACUUGACGCCAGUGUUGCUCAUCAUUGUGCAGGGUAUCAGGUCGUGAGCGCAGCGUGACAUAGAGACGCAAGAAGGAGUAGCAGACGCCGAGCGCGGCGUACACGGACGUGGCCAACAAUGGGAGGAAGGGAAGCCUUUGGUGCCACGGCGACAGAGGAAAGACAAACUCGCAGGCGACAGCCACCACAGCAAGACCUGAC